AUGGCUGCGGAGGAGCUGUCGGAGGGCGGCAUGGUCGACAUCAUCCGUGCUUUGCAACUCAUUCACAACCCUGCAUCGUCAAAUGAUAUACGGAAGGAGGCUUCCCAGUUCGUGGAGAACUUGAAAGAGUCUGAUGCUGCGGCGCGAAAUGGCUUCCUUUUGGCUUCCCGUAUGGAGCAUGAGCCCGUUGUCCGAUACUUCGGUCUUACUCUCCUCGAUCAUGUUCUUCGCCAAUACAACUUUACGAACCCCGAAGAAGCCAAGACCUUACGCAUGAUGAUUUUGCAACUCGCCGAGAACAUCCGCCCCGAAGACCCUGCCUAUUUCCGGAAUAAGAUCUCCCAACUGUGGACCGAGGCCGCUAAGAAGACUUGGGGGUUGGAUUGGAUGGAUAUGGAUGCCAACCUGGUUCAGUUCUGGGGUGCAUCUCUCGUUCACAAAGAGCUGGUUCUCGCUGUUCUUGAGACCCUUUCCGAGGAUGUCUUUUUCCGAGAAGAUACUGCCUCGUCGUUACGAGGAGGUGAGCUCAACCGGUCGCUCAUCGAGAUCUUUACUCCUGCAGGCAUCGUGGAGCAAAUUACUGGGGAUAAAAACAUCCCCACCAUCCCACGCUGUGGACAGGAGGGCUGGCUAGUUCGAAUCUGCGAAUUUCUCGACAAUUGCGUCCAGAAUGUCUCUAGCUCGGAACAGGCUCGGGAUGCGGCCAUAAAAGCCCUGGCAACUUUGAGAUCUGCCUUGUCAUGGUCCAUCUACAAAGGUGUUAUUGCGUCCCAGGUUGUUCCCAGCAUUUUCCGAGCUUUGCCUUGUCAAGACGACCAGGUGCUUCUCUCUGCAAUCGAAGCACUUCAUGCGCUCUAUGGAAGAAAUACUAUCGGCAGCGAAGACUCGUACGAGCUGAUCUGUUUGAUCUUUGAGUCGGAAUACCUGGUUGUUCUUCAAAGGCUUUACGAAUGGUCAAUCGUGGGCCCAGAUGACGUUGAUGAUCCCAAAUAUCUUAUCUCUAAAAAGCUUUCUGAGAUGAUCUCAUAUAUCGCAGGAUGCUUGGAAGAUGACAAGUUCUUAGUCUCUACCAUGGACCGUUUGAAUCUGCCGCCAUUCCUGCAAUUCAUGGCCAAUAUCAUGCAACACCAGAGCUUGACGGUCUCCAUACCUUGCUUGCACCUUUGGUCCCGACUGUUACAAAACUCAAAAAUCAGUAACUUGGACUUUGUGGUAGAGCACACUCCUCAGUUCUUGAACAUUUGCACUCAGAGGCUUCUUCGUUGGGAGUCUCUCCCCACCGAAUCCGAUGAUCCGACGGUACAAUUCUUGAUCGAAGAUAUUGACACAGUUCCCGAACGACAUGCUUUUGUCGGAAAUUACCGCCGUUACUGCUCCUCGAUUAUCGAAAUCAUCACAGUCAAGCGUCCUCAAGAAGCGGUGCGUGAAAUUCUCGCCCGGGUGGACACCAACCUCGAUAACUUGUAUAGCGGUGUUCAACCAUUUAGCAUGUCAACUUUCUCCAAAUCGUCGAUCCCUCUCAUGCGAGCGGAUGCUCAAUUCGCAGUGGUAGAGGCUGUCAUCAAGGGUUACAACAAGUGGGUUUCGGCUCAUGGAAAAGCACCCCAACGUGAUGAGUCUAAACGAAUGGAAUUAGAACAUGCGGUGGAAAACUGGGCUUCAACUCUAAUGCAAAAAUCUUUUGAGGAUCCUGUUCUGAAACAAAGAGUCAUCAAAUUGGCUGUCGACAUCUCUUCGAGGGCUUUGGACAAUCAUCCAGGAUUUGCGCUCAAAGUUCUGGAACACAUUCUUAUGUCACGUCUACCAGAUCAGUCCGAAUACCCAUUGUAUUCCGAGGCUGUCAAAGAACUUCAUGGAUUGGCAAGCUCUGAACUUCGUCGGUUGGCUAUGCGCUAUGCGGACUACUUCUAUACUUUCUAUGACCUCCUUGAGCCAAAGAUCAAAGAAAUCACGCUGGCUAACCGCAUUGAUGACAAGUUGCAAAUGGAACUGACUUCCAUCUUGCUCAUUAUCAUGCAACGCGCAAUCAAUGCUGAUCCUUAUCUGCGUCAAAAUCGCCUUGCAGCCUUCCUCCAGCCGAUCCAAGAGUCAUGGCAAGACGACGAAUUUCGUCAGAACAGCUCCACUUUCCCCGGGUUUUGUAAUAUGCUUGGAUUGGAAAAUGUUGGCCCAUACAUGCAAUCCAAAGAAGCACAGAAACUGGCAGACUGGUCUGAGGUUGUCUUGGACGCCGAAGGAAGGUUAGUCCAAGAAGAGAUGACCAGAAAAUUUCAGCUGUUGCCAUUGCGUGGCACCAAGACUAUGUUGGCUGUUUCCACAGAUCGAGUCAAAAAGUCUACACCAGCCUAUGUGACCGCUUGCGACAUGUGGCACGAAUUGAUCCCUGUUAUUCUUCCCACCUUGCUGCAGCUUGUCAGACACGCCCAUGCUUUCCACAACCCUGCCAAUUGGAAUAUGGUCGAAGGGAUGCAACCAGUAGUCGAACGCAUACUCACAGAUCGAUUUUGGCAGGCUGGUAUUUCUAUCGGUAGCCGCGACGAGUUCUACGCCCGAAUCACAUCAUCAAAGUCUACACUUGAAGGGUUUGCAUCAUCGGUUCGAGGAAAAGUCAGAGCUGUCCGUGAAGCGUGCUACUCCAUGCUAUUCAGCAUGAGUAGGAUGCGAGAGCACUUCUAUGGAUUCGCCGAACUCCCAGGACCCCUAUCUGAAGCAUUAUUCGUUGACUCACCGCACCUAUCCUCCCACCAGUUCUCGGUUCUUCUCAACAUCUCGCGUUGUCUGAUUGACGACUGCCCUGUGCAAUUCCGCAGCCAAUUCUUGCCCCCCAUGCUAUCGACUCUGUUCACCAACAUUGAUCGAAAAGUCACCGCAGAAUGGGAAAUCAUUGAACAACGCAGGAAUGGAAUUUCGGACGGAGAUCUCACCACAGAGAUGAAGUCCGAAAGUGUCCUUCGCCAGUUGACUUACUCUGCUGUGAUCAUGGUAGCCAGUCUAUUCGAUCCACAGAGAGGUGACCCAGAUGGGACUGAAUCGGACCCCAGUGCACCCCAGCCGACCCCGAACCUCUCUGAUUCUAUCCGCCAUUUCGUCCUCUCCUCCCCACAGAUCUUUGAGCCAGUCAUGCUCUUCUGUACGCACGCUCUUCGCAUGCGCGAUACACGCAGCGGUAGCAUUAUCACCCGCGUCAUUCGGUCAAUUCUUCAAGACUUUGCGCCCACAAACGAUACCCCGGACACCCAAACAAUCGCGACCAUCCGCGAAUUCAUAUGUACUGAUGUCCUCACAGCAUGCAUUUCAUCCGUACAUGAAUCAUACUUUGUCGAUAUGCAAAAGGACCUCGCUCAGCUAAUUGCAUCAAUUUGGUGUCUCUAUGGCUUCUGUAGCGAGACCCCUCGUGCCGUUUUCCUGAGUUUGCCAGGAAUCAGCGCAGAUAAAGUGGCCAGUACCGAGUCUGCACUUCAUCGCACUACCUCACCAAGGCAGCAGCGUGCAUUGGUAUUGGAGCUCCUUGAGCCCUUGCGCGGCAUCAGUAUUGCCGAGCAAGGGAAGAUACUGGGUUCUCGCGAGGAACGUCGUAAGGCUCGUUCAGCACUGCAGGAGCGGUACAUGACCAAUGAGAUGGAGACACAGCAACAGAACCACCGUGUCGAUAUUAACGAUGGUCCUGAUCUUGGUGGUGUGGCCGAUCUAUUUGGAUAG